AUGGCGGACGAGGCUGGGGACCUUCAGACCAUCCGCCGGAAGCUGAUUUCUGGCUCCCAUAUACUGCACUAUCACAACGUCCUGGACGCGUACGGGCACCUAUCAUGUCGGCACCCAUCCAACCCUGAUGUCUUCAUCAUGUCGCGAGAGGCCGCACCAGGCACCAUUUCGUCGCCGGAGGAUCUCGUGGAAUAUCAUGUGUCCAACGCGGAACCCGUCAAUCCUAGUGCAGCCAAGGGCUUCGUGGAGAGGCAUAUCCACAGCGAGAUUUACAAGCAGUAUCCCACCACCAAGGCUGUACUUCACAGUCACGCCGAUUCUGUGAUUCCAUACACUAUUAAUGGCGUGCCCAUGCGACCCUGCUACCACAUGGCAGGCUUCUUAGGUCAUUGGGUAAACGUGUUCGAUAUUGCCUCGGCGUACCAGCCCGGCGACAAGCGGGACAUGCUAGUACGGAGCGAGCACCUAGGCGCGGCACUGGCGCAGUGUUUCGCCUUUGAGCAGUCAGUGGUGCUGAUGCGGGGCCACGGGUUCACGGCCGUGGCCGACAGCAUCGAGGAGUGCGUACUGCGAGGCGUCUACACGCUGCGCAACGCGGCCAUCCAGACGGCGUCGCUCACCACGCUCGCCGCCUACGGGAGCCGAGACGGGCCCCUGCAGCCCAUCAAGUAUCUCAGCCCCGAGGAGGCCCAGGCUGCGCGGGAGAUGACGGCGUGGUCGGCGCAGCGGCCCUGGAAGUUGUGGGUCAAGGAGGUGGAGGCCUGUAGUUUGUAUCAGAAUAUCGCUUGA